AUUGCCUGGCAGAGCGAUGUCGACGACGACGACGGGCUUUCUCGCCAUCAACCACCUUUCCUCGCGUGCGCUUCAAGUCGACUCUACUGCCCAGCUAGUGUGUGUGCUUUUUGCCUGCGUUUUUGCCUCGCUCGUCUUCGCUCAGGGGAUGUGUCAAAUGUCAGACCGCCGCACUCUGCGCCUCUGGUUGUCCGGUCCGGCUCCGAUCUCGUGGACUGGCUGUACGCCCACAUUGAAGGCUUCACCGACAGGCGCGAUGUACGGCGGUAUGCUUCCAAUCUGCUCAAGUACGGCUUCAUUCAACACACUGUGAAUAAGUCGACCUUUUCGGAACAGUGCUACUACGUCUUCACUGACAUGAAUUCCACCAAGAAGACGUUAAAACUAAACCAAAAGAGGGAAACCAGAGUGGAACUAGAAAACGCAUAUGCUGAGAUUGAUCGCCUUCGCAGACUUCUGAGUUGCAGUGUGCUACCACAACAAAGCGCGGACCUCGGCAACGGUGGUGAGGGUUUUGGACAGCGGAACCGCUGCAGGACGACAAAGAAUGCACAAAACGACAAGUUUCAAAAUGCUCGCCUCACCGCUCUGACUAAGGCUAUUCGAGCCCUUCACAGGGAGAAGGAAGCCGUGAGUCAACUGAACAACGAACUCCUCAGGCAGCUUCAAAAAUGUAAACAGUGCUGUCCAAAAACCGAACGCACUGGACGUCGAAGGCCUUCCGGGAAUUCACUACCCGCUGGAACUGUCAUCGCUACGCCCAUCAAUGCACCAAAAGCUGAUGCGGCUACAGAAAGAGGUACCAACCACAGAGAAGAUCGCUCACCGGUGGAGCCGUACAUCGAUGCAGUGGAGGCCGAUGACAUGCAGAUUCGUUUCGGAGAUUUAGAAAGGAGGAACCAAUACCUGGAGAAGCAGAAGCAAGAACUUGAAGCCAGCUACUCGAAUAUGCUGUAA